AUUGCAAAUUACAAUUUAUCCUUUUUUAUCGCUCUUUCUAUCUCUCUCUUACUUGGCUCUAACGAGUUUAGCUCAAACGAAUUAUUCUGGGUAUCUUGAUUUCCGGUUCUGAUCAUUGAGUACGCUCUCUCUAUGUUCUGAACGGGAAGAAGAUUUCUUGAUUGGCCCAACAAUGGCGACCACUCUGCUUAUCCCAUCCUCUUCCUCUGCUUUCUUUCUGAGCAAAGGGACCAACGGAUUUCGCAAUUACGCUUCGUCACGUAAGUGCCAUGUAAAGAGCUUCAGAGUGAGAGCUGUUAAAGAGAAAACAGAUGAAGUCAAAACCCCAUCUCAGCCCUCUUCUUCAGCUGAGGAGAUUGCCAAGAAGUAUGGCCUUGAAGCUGGCCUAUGGAAGAUUUUCAGCUCAAAAGAUGAAGGAAAUGAUGGUCCUGAAAGGAAGAAAUCAAAGGGCGAUGAAGCCAAGGAAUUGCUGGCAAAAUACGGAGGAGCUUAUCUGGCCACCUCAAUCACACUGUCUUUGAUCUCAUUCACUCUAUGCUACGCGCUAAUCAGUGCAGGCAUUGACGUCCAGGCGCUGUUACAGAAGGUGGGAAUCUCAACUGAUGAGACGGGGGAGAGAGUUGGAACCUUUGCCUUGGCAUAUGCUGCGCACAAGGCUGCAUCCCCAAUCAGGUUUCCUCCAACAGUGGCUCUCACACCUAUUGUUGCGGGUUGGAUUGGCAAGAAAGUGGACAAAGAUAAGUAGUUUGUACGAGAGCUUUGAGCUCCAACCUUGUUUUGUUUCUAUUAUAUGUUUUUUCUUUUGUUUAUGUUCUCAUUUCAACAUUUGUUUUUACACGCGUAAACAAGGUACGUACCAUACCUGAUGCAAAUGAAAAUAAUCUCUCAUACUCUAAA